AUGGAGCUCUAUCUGGCCAUUCUUACCCUCACUGCUUUUCUCUCAGCUGAUGCUCAGUUAGAGCAUAAGGAUUUCUCAAUCACUGGAUGUUCUGAAACAGAGAAAGAGUCUAUGACUGGAUCUGACGGACAGGAGGCGUGGCAUGCUGACUUUAAUCAGAAGACAGGAGUAGUUACAUUACCUGAUUUUGCAGAUCCUAUGAGCUUUCCAGGAUAUUAUGAAGAAAGUGUUGCAGAGCAAGACGUAUGCAAACAAAACCUGGCUGUACUCAUUAAAGCUUACGAGAGCCCACCAGAGGAAUUGGACCCUCCUGAGACGUUCAUCUAUUCGAGGAACGAUGUGCAGCUGGCUGUUGAAAACACGCUCAUCUGUCACGUGACGGACUUCUUUCCUCCACCUGUCAGCGUCUCAUGGGCUAAGAACAAUGUGAUUGUGACAGAAGACGUGAGUCUGAGUCAGUAUCGGCCAAGGAGCGACGGAUCCUUCCACGUGUUCUCUUCCCUGAAGAUCACUCCUGAAGAUGGAGAUGUUUACAGCUGCACAGUGAACCACCAAGCGCUCCAGGGCCAAAAAUAAAACCCGCCCUCUACUUGAUAUUCAUUUCCAUACAUCACCAUACUGAAAUAAAGUUGGCAGCAGCUUCCGGUUCACACAGACUUUAAAAUAUUCUAGCUGAGCCCCAGUGUUAGUGUUACGUCCAUAGGGACGUAUAUUUAUUUGUAAUACCAUUAUUGUUCUUGAAUUUGUUUCAUUGUUGUUAACAAAGGUGUGGACAUGUUUGUUUUUGCUCUGUCUCUCUCUGCUGCUCCUCAGGGCAAAUCGCCACCACCUGUACCUCGUUUGUGAGAGCGUGCCCAAGAGGAUAUUGAGUUUGCUAGGAGACACAC